GUAUUCAACCGGGCUUUAGUAACUUGAAUUCUAAAAUGGCGGCCUCCAGAGCAGUGAUGUCUUUCUCCAAAGCCUUAAACCCAAUACGGCUGGGGAAUACGGUUAAGGUAUCUGGAACAGCACUCUUCAACCAAAGGGAGAAAUCUACAUACACAGGAAAAUGCAUACCUCCCCCUGCCAGAUAUGGCGGCAGACACACGGUCGCACUGAUCCCAGGAGACGGGAUCGGCCCAGAGCUGCUGAACCACGUGCGAGAACUCUUCAGGUUCAGCUGCGUUCCCGUGGACUUUGAGGUGGUCAAUGUCAACUCUUCCCUAACUACCGAGGACGACAUCAGCAACGCCAUCAUGGCUGUACGCCGUAAUGGAGUUGCUCUUAAGGGUAACAUUGAGACAAACCACACGCUGCCACCUUCACACAAGUCGAGGAACAAUCUUCUCCGCACCAGUCUGGACCUGUAUGCUAAUGUGAUGCACUGCCAGUCCUUGCCAGGGGUCCAGACCCGUCACAAGAACAUUGACAUCAUCAUCAUUAGAGAGAACACUGAGGGCGAGUACAGCAGCCUGGAGCAUGAGAGUGUACCCGGUGUGGUGGAAUCCCUAAAGAUCAUCACACGGAACAACUCUCUGCGUAUUGCUGAGUAUGCCUUCAAGUUGGCCCGAGAGAAAGGGCGACGCAGGGUCACAGCUGUGCACAAGGCCAACAUCAUGAAACUGGGUGAUGGCCUCUUUCUCCAGUGCUGUAAGGAGGUGGCCUCUGGAUACCCUGAUAUUGCCUUCGACAGCAUGAUUGUAGACAACACCACUAUGCAGCUUGUUUCCAAGCCCCAACAGUUUGACGUCAUGGUGAUGCCUAAUCUGUAUGGUAACGUGGUCAGCAACGUAUGUGCGGGGCUAGUGGGCGGACCCGGGCUGGUGCCUGGAGCCAACUACGGGAAUGAUUAUGCCGUUUUUGAAACAGCCACUCGGAACACUGGGAAGAGCAUCGCUGGCCGGAACAUCGCCAAUCCCACUGCUAUGCUACUGGCCAGCUGUCUUAUGCUGGAUCACCUCAAACUUCACGAGUAUGCCAGCAUGAUCCGUACUGCUAUUUUCACCAUUAUGAACGAAACCCAGUUGCAUACCGCAGACAUCGGGGGGCAGGGCACUACCUCGGAGGUGGUACAGUCCGUCAUGAGGAACAUCAAGAGCAGGGGACCUCUCACUUCAGAGCUGUAAUGCUAUAACUAAACAGCCCUAGAUGGUAAUAAAUAAACGCUGUGUAAUAACUGUGUGUCUAAAAUCAUGAAUCAUUUUGUGAAGUAAAAAAAGAAAAUAUAAAAAUACUCCUGCAGGUGUGUGUGCGCUUUUACUCUGAGUAACUCGGCGCACACACACACACAGGUGGAAUUUGAGUAAAUGAUGCAUGACGUUCUGCUCCCUUUGUUCACCGAUGAAUUUUUUAUUUUUUUUUAUUUUUUUUUUUUUUAAACAAAUCAUGUUCUCGAACAUCAUCACUCCAACAUCUGUCCAGAGGCUCAAGAUAUCCUGUGUCUAUGCUGUGUACAGGUUGUACUGGGAGACUUGGACGUUUGUUUGGAUUCAGUCUGUCCUAUUUGGUGUCCAUUUAGUGUCGCUUGCGUGUCAUGUAACAUAACGGUUAUAUUAUGUGUUAACGUGAUAUUUAUGCAGAGGAUAUGGUUUAUAAUGUCAAAAAGCAUUCCAUGGUUAAACAGCUUUGAGUUUAAGAAUAUGUUUAAUGUAGCCACGUAGUCAUUUUGGAGUGGUUUAUUUAAUUAUUUACGAAAUCCAUUGUUCUGUCCAAGCUAUAGAGAAAAGUAAGCCAAGUUAUUUGAUGAAGUGCUGAUUACACUGAAUUUAUGUUGAGUGUUUUCUAAAAUCAUUUAAUGUUUUAAGGAAAUAAUGAUUUAUCCAAGAAACAGAGUAGAAUAUGAACUUCCCUGGAUGUAAAUAUGGAAUCAUACAGAAUUGAUGUAUUCAAAUCAAAUUCUCAAAAUUUCCCAGUGACCUUUUGCUUUGUCUCAAUACAGUAGUGUUUGCAAGUGUAAUCUUAUGCUUUCUAUUUUAACAUGGUUCAUUGUCUUUCUCAUGCAUACCUUAUCGGCAAUAUAUAUCUGUAAACCGGUCUGAAAUCUUAUCGCGUUUUCAUUGUUACACAGUGCAUCCUGGAGAAGGGAAGAAAAAAAAAAGAAAGAAAGAAAUGUAUGGUUCAACACAUAUCGGGCCCGAUAUUUUACUUCAAUAAAAUGGAUUAUAAACUU